CCUAAGCGGGAAUAAAUGAUUAACACCCUCCCCGUCAACCCAAAAUCCUACCAUCCCCAAAAUUUCAGCACAAUUAAAAACUGAAAGUCCAGAACCAAAUCAACCAAGACCAAAGCAUCAAACAUACAAUAAUACAGUCGUUGAAACUCAAACUAAGAAAAUCAAUAGAGUUUCCACAGGAGCUCCAGUCUACUUUCCAUGCUCGAAAUCAUGGGGAUGCUAAGAAUGAAAAUUGAAAUAAGCAGCAGAUUUCAAGCUUGCUUCACAAGCAAUUCCUAAGAGACGGAAUCGACCUUCUGUGUUCCUCUUUACCCGCUUCAACCGUUGAAUAUUUUUCACUGGCAUUGUUAUUUCAAAGCAGGAUUAGGCUCGGCAGUAGCAACAAUAGUUCAUAUGCCAGGAAGGAAUAUGCAAUUUGAGGCUUUGAAUCUGGAAAUGUCUACUGAUUUCACAACCACAUAACCUUUCUUCCUCCAAUCUCGUUCUCAUCGAUGGUGGCUCUUACGGUAUUAGCUCGAUCUCCUUCUUCAUCUACUGUUGACUGCUAUUCAUUUUCAGCUACAACGACCCGUGGAAGGAAUCGACGGAAAUGAGAGCCUCCCACAAUACAUACAGUUGUCGCCACAAAGAUAAGUGAUGCAGAGAUGAACUACAAUUUUAAAUAAUUAAUUUUAUCGUUUUUGUUGCCACAUGAGUUAUUUAACAGUCAAAUCUCAUGAUUGACAGCCUUGUAGGACGGAUCUAAUGUAAUUGAACGACGAGUAAUUAAAACUGGAAUGAUGAGUAAAGCGAGUGACUAACAAGGAAGAAAAGAACAUUUUGGAUGACAAAUAUGAAGGGGAAAAAAAAAAAGAUGACAAUGGUGAAUUUUUUUAUCAAUCGAGUGACUAUAUGUGUAGUUUACUUUAGCCAGCCGAGCCGAGAAGAAUACCCAGAUUCUUAGCAUUAGAUGCCAAAAUCGCCGAUUUUGCCUGCCCAAUUUGCUUUGUCUUCGCCCUUUUUAACUCGCCUCCUUCUCUCUGUUCUGCUUUCUUCUUGCACAGAAGAGACGAGAAGAUCUACUCCUUAACUCCCCUGGAAAAGGAAAAAAAAUUAGGCCAAACUCAUCCUCCUUGUCUCCUCCCACCCUCCACCUACUCCACACAUAGCAAUAGCAGCCCUCAACAAAAAAGAAACCCAAAGAAAAGGCACGCGAGAUCGUCCAUAUUAUAGUAUGUAAGUUACUUAACUAAACAUUACAUACUCUUUUGCGUAUCUGGAGAGGGCUUUUUCUGGUGUUGUUGAUUUCGUGCUCUGACAUUCUUCUAAUCUUCUUCCUUCCUUCCUUGCUCAUCCGCGUGUCUUUGUCUUCCUCCCCCAUCCCCCUUGCAUUCUUUCUUUCCCCACUCAUGGUGGUUCAACUCCCCCCGCAUCAACCAGCUUGAUACUGAAAGCUUGGCUGCCCUUUUUUUCUUCAAAAAGUUCCAGUCUUUUUGACGUGUUCGCCCCUUCACUUUUUUUUUUUUUUUUUACAUUUGGGGAAGUGGGGUUGUUUGUUCAAAUUCAGUAAUCAAUUGGGCUGAUUCGGAAAGCUUUAGAUAGUUUGCCACUCUUUCUGGAACUGUGCACGUUUCGGAGGUGCGAGGGGAUAUGAUUCUGAAGUUGCGUCCACCUCUUCAGCCAGGUUAGAGAAACUGCUUUGUGAUUGUGGUUCUGCGUUUUGGGGGAAAUGGGUGGGCCGCCAUUGAAAUUGGAGCGGGAACGAGCGUUACCGUCUUCCCCGCCACCGCCAAUGGAUCUGGAGACGGGAGCUCAUCGUAAUCAUCUCAAGAAGGAGUCAUGGCGUACGGUGUUGACCCUGGCGUACCAGAGCCUAGGAGUGGUGUACGGAGAUUUGAGCACAUCGCCGCUGUACGUUUACAAGAGCACAUUUGCGGAAGACAUUAGCCACUCGGAGACGAACGAAGAGAUCUUUGGGGUUUUGUCAUUCGUCUUCUGGACACUCACCCUCGUCCCGCUCUUGAAAUACGUGUUCAUAGUUCUCAGAGCAGACGACAACGGCGAAGGAGGGACAUUUGCUCUCUACUCGCUGCUGUGCCGCCACGCCCGAGUCAACGCGCUCCCCAAUCGGCAGGUGGCGGAUGAGGAUCUAUCCGAGUACAAGAAGGACAGCAACCUUGCUGAUACUUCCUGUUCGAAGAACCCCAGUUUUGGGUCGAGCUUGAAAUCGACUCUGGAGAAGCACAGGGUGCUGCAGAGGAUCUUGCUGGUUUUGGCCUUGAUUGGGACUUGUAUGGUCAUUGGCGAUGGCGUUCUCACCCCUGCCCUUUCUGUUUUCUCUGCAGUCUCGGGGGUUGAGCUUUCAUUGUCGAAGGAACAUCACAAAUAUGUGGAACUCCCAGUUUCAUGCGCCAUACUUGUAGCCUUGUUUGCACUACAACAUUACGGGACCCACCGGGUUGGUUUCCUGUUUGCGCCGGUGGUUCUGAUAUGGCUUCUCUGCAUCAGUGGGAUUGGGAUAUACAAUAUUGUGCACUGGAAUCCCCAUGUCUACAAAGCACUAUCACCAUAUUACAUGUACAACUUCUUGAGGAAAACUCAAAGGGGUGGAUGGAUGUCACUAGGAGGGAUUUUGUUGUGCAUAACAGGCUCAGAAGCAAUGUUUGCUGAUCUGGGACACUUUUCUCAGUUGUCUAUCAAGAUUGCUUUCACUACAUUGGUGUAUCCAUCGUUGAUACUUGCAUAUAUGGGACAGGCUGCAUAUCUAUCGACGCACCAUGUGAUUGAAAGUGAUUACCAAAUUGGUUUCUAUGUAUCUGUACCUGAUAAAAUAAGGUGGCCAGUUCUUGUCAUAGCCAUACUUGCUGCAGUAGUGGGAAGCCAAGCAAUCAUCACAGGGACUUUCUCAAUCAUUAAACAGUGUUCAUCCCUGGGUUGCUUCCCUAAAGUCAAAAUAGUUCACACGUCAUCCAAAGUCCAUGGUCAGAUCUACAUCCCUGAGAUCAACUGGACUCUAAUGCUGCUUUGUUUGGCUGUUACAAUCGGGUUCAGAGACACGAAACGCCUGGGAAAUGCUUCAGGUUUGGCAGUUAUAACAGUUAUGCUGGUCACAACCUGCCUAAUGUCUCUGGUCAUCGUCUUAUGCUGGGAAAAGAGUGUGUUUCUAGCAAUAGGUUUCGUGUUCUUCUUUGGCACAAUUGAAGCUCUUUACUUCUCAGCUUCCCUCAUCAAGUUCCUGCAGGGAGCCUGGGUCCCCAUUGCACUGGCAUUCAUAUUCCUGCUCAUCAUGUGCGUGUGGCACUAUGGCUCACUAAAGAAGUACGAAUUCGAUGUCCAAAACAAGGUCUCCAUCAACUGGCUGCUUAGUUUAGGUCCUAGCCUUGGCAUUGUUCGAGUAAGAGGGAUCGGCCUCAUCCACACCGAGCUUGUGACUGGAAUUCCAGCAAUCUUCUCCCACUUUGUCACCAACCUUCCAGCAUUCCACCAGGUCCUGAUCUUCCUGUGCAUCAAAUCAGUCCCCGUCCCACAUGUGGGACCAGAGGAACGGUUCCUAAUAGGGCACAUCGGCCCAAGAGAGUACAGGCUGUACAGGUGCAUAGUCAGAUAUGGGUACCGCGAUGUACACAAAGAUGACACCGAGUUCGAGAAGGAUCUGGUGUGCAGCAUAGCAGAAUACAUACGCGCUGGGAGCACGGAAUUCAAUGCCGACAUGGCGAAGGAAGAAGAUGACAAGAUGACAGUGGUGGGAACAUGCUCAACUCAUGUCGAUGGGAUCCUGUUGAGGGAGGAUGGCAAAGACGAGAUUGAAACCGCGGCUGGGACCUCAGAGGUGCGGGAGAUGAAGUCACCUCCAGCAAUGCAACUAAAGAAACGAGUAAGAUUCAUUGUCCCUGAUAGUCCCCAGAUUGAUAAAGCCGCGAGGGAAGAGUUGCAGGACCUCAUGGAAGCCAGGGAAGCAGGGGUUGCGUACAUACUCGGAAACUCGUAUGUUAGGGCUAAGCAAGGAUCCAGCAUGUUGAAGAAGUUUGUGAUCAACUAUGGGUAUGAGUUCUUGAGAAGGAACAGUAGGGGACCAACACAUGCCCUUAGUGUGCCUCAUGCAUCUACUUUAGAAGUAGGGAUGAUAUACAAUGUCUGAAAAGAAAGGGUUUUGACUGACUAAUACCAGGUUUUAGAGGUGUGUCUGUGUAUUUAUGUGUACAUCCUGUAAUUUUUUGAGGUUGUUAUAAUGGAUACAAGUGGAAAACCAGCCCGCCAUAAGUUGGAAAAUGGUGGAUCAUAACCAUAUAGAUUUAAAUAUAAAAAGCAGUUCAUGAGUGAUUUGUGGAAUUCCUUCUUACUUCAUCGUUAUUAAAUUUCAACCUGACAGUGCAGUGACAGAUGCAAGUAAAAAGCUCGAUCCUGGUUUUCUUUCCCUCCUUUUUCAGUGAAUUUGAUGUUGAGGUAGAGUGAGUUAACCUCAACCUGUCAAAAGCCUUCUGAUGGUUCCUAGCUAUCCCAAGCUCUCUUGAGCUUCUGUAGAAGCUUAUUGUCAAGUCUAGCUCUUUAGCUCAUGUCACACUAAAUUAUGAGCUUUUCCUCAAGUUCACCUAGUGUGUAAAAUGGAAUUGGGUAAUUGAAUAUUUAUUAGCCAAACUUUUUUCGGAUUCUUUUUUAUUAGCCAAACCUAUCGGAAUAGUAAGAAUUAGCCAAAUGUUAACUUCCAAUCAGCAAUUUUGUUAGUAAUAUUGACUUGACAAUAUGAUACUGACUUGGAAAAGACACAUAAAUGUCAACAUUCCAAAAUUUUAGUAUUUUAAAUAAGAAAAGAGGUACAAUAUUAUUAACGAUAACGUAAAAAUGACUAAAAUUUUGAUGCGCUAACUAAUAGUAUUUUAAUAGGUUUGGAUAAUAUAAAAGAAUCUGGAAAAAAAAUUGGAUAAAAAAUAGACACCAAUGGAAUUUUGUGUUUAUAAGCGACACAACUUCCCACGUCUCCCGCUCACUCUUGAAGCCAACCACACACCUAUUGUUUACGCAAUCAAGGCAAGUAAUAUCAUCAAGUGCAAUUCGGAAGAUGCACAUGCAUGUAAGUGGUGUGAACACUUUCCAUUGAGAUCUUUCCUUGUGUUAAAAGGGCACAAAUAAAACUUUCGACACUUCUCUCUAUACUGCCUUUUUUAUGAAUUUAAUAGAGAAGUGACAGUUACUUCUACUCAAAUCACUAGAAUGUAAAAUUACAUAAUUCCCUCAAACUUUGCCAAUGUAAAGCGUAUAAGAAAAAAAAAUCUCAAAUUGUUCGAGGAAAGGUGGAGCAAUUAAGAAAGAAGAAAAAUCCAAAUGAGUGAAUUCAUCUUGUUUCUCGUAUUCAAGAGUCUUUUCUUUAACAAACAUCUUGUUCUAGACUUACUACUUACUGAUACGAGGAAAAUGUCCUCAUUGAUGUUGUUAGAUGUUUUAUUAUCUCUAGUUGACCUCGUAAAUUGAUACUUACCCACUACCUAUGACAGACAGUCACGUGUCAUCAGAGAGAUUUAGUGAUUUGUAUGAAUUUGACUAUGUUUGCUUGGGGACAAGCAAAGUUCAGUUGUGUGGUUAUUUGAAAAUACGCAAUUUGUAUGUUUUAUACCAUAAUUUCAUGGCAUGUUUUGCACGAUUUAUACAGAUUUUAUGUCAUAUUGAUUUGGAUUUGUUGGUAGUAGCUUUUGUGGAUAUUUUUGUAUCUUUGAUAUCCUUUGGGUAGUAUUUCGUGCAUUUUUAGGCUAAAGCACCUCAGUGGACCACCUUGUACGGGCUGGAGACAUCGGGAUCAGAAGGUUGGACGUCAUAAAUGGAGUUGAACUUCAUGCCCCAAAAUAGUGGCCUAAAUUGUCUUCCAAAUCUAAAAACGAAAGACCCAUACCCAUUUCUAGAAGCGGUGCAUUUCUCACAUUUCAACGACCCCAUAAAUGGAAAUCACAAUCUAAGCAAACUGAACCAAAAGUUGGACAAAAAUUGCGGCUCGGGGGACUAAAUGCACUAUAAUUAU